AUGGCAGACCCAUUUUCCAUCACCGGCAGCGCCGUCGGUGUCAUUUCUCUCGCCAUCCAGGUUUGCAAGGGCCUGGAAUGGUACCUCAGUGGCGUCAAAGAAGCGAAGAACAAGGCUGAACAGAUUACGGCGGAAACUGAACAACUUGCAAACCUUCUCGAAUUGCUCGAAUCUACCAUUAGCAAAGUGGAUCAGUCCAACUCAGUGUCGGCGACUCGUACCGGCAUCGUGUCGUGUGCGCAUGCCAUUGCCACUAUUCGCAAGAAACUCAAACCGGAUGACGGAGCAGUAAACGGCGGAAUGAAGUCGAGUUUGAAGAGGCUGACCAAGCGACUGGCCUUCCCAUUCAAAGAGGCUGAGAUCAGAUACUGGAAGGACGUUCUGAACACGGUGCAGCAAAGUUUGCAGACUGCACUAUCUGCCCUUCUAAUUGAUCAACAGCGCUUGGCUUUUGAAGAUGUUCAGGCACGCUUCAUGCAGCUGUCCAUCGAACAAAGUGCGCAACACUACACCAGCCUAGAACUGCAGCGCAAUGGCUUUAAUAGCACAAGUUUCCAGCUCGCUGGACACUCACACAUUGUCGAAUCGGGGUUUUCGGCCACGUCACACAGUUUACAAAACCUCCAUACCGGUAUACACAGUUUACAAGCAAAGCUCGACGAGAUAUCGCUCAUGACGGACUCUACGCUGGAUACCGAUAUCAUUAACAUGAGAUCGCUCCACCGAAAAGACCGAAGACUGAAACAACGAUACGCAAAACUCUCAUGUACAUGCCGGCCGCAAACCUCAGCGCUUGGUUACCAAACGAGAAGGUUGGCCAUCACAUACGCACGAACCAGCAUGCACGACGCAGGGUGUCCUCAAGCUCCACUCCAGAACGCGGUGACGGAUCUGCAACUUCGAGCUAGACUGUGUAGUCUUCUUCUCGGGAAGAAAGUCUUGCUGUCGUUUCAACUAUCUUAUGGCGCUGGAUUAUCGGUUAAGCAGAAUCUUGAGUGCCAUCGCGUUGUUGAAUCGUCUCCUGCUUUCGAGUUUGCCGGGCCACUUGUCAGUUCUAGUAUGAAGUUGCCAAUGAACACUUUUCGGAGCGAAGUCGAGAAAUUGUUGAGGAUGUUCCAGGUGAAACAAGCGUCACCACGUGAUCGGCUAGCAAAUGGAGAGACGCUUCUGCAUGCAUGUAUACAGCCCCCGUCUUUACGGAAUUAA